AUGCACAAAUUAGGCAGAACAAAGAACACUGUACUGGCAACUGGUGGAUAUGGACGUGCAUUCUUCAGCUGCACGUCAGCACAUACGUGCACUGGCGAUGGAACGGCACUGGUGGCGCGUGCUGGCCUAGCAAACUCAGAUAUGGAAUUUGUUCAGUUCCACCCAACCGGUAUCUACGGAGCUGGAUGCUUGAUCACGGAAGGUUCACGAGGUAUCUCGGAAACGGCCAAGAUCUUCGCUGGUGUCGAUGUGACAAAAGAACCGAUUCCGGUUAUUCCGACAGUCCACUACAACAUGGGUGGUGUACCAACCAAUUAUAAAGGACAAGUGUUGAAGUAUACCAAAGCGAAGGGUGAUCAGGUGGUACCAGGCUUGUACGCAGCCGGAGAGGCGGCCGCGCACUCUGUACAUGGUGCAAAUAGACUUGGUGCGAACUCGUUACUUGACUUAGUAAUCUUCGGACGCGCUUGUGCGAUCAACAUCCUGAAGAACACGAAACCCGGAGAGAAGGCACCGGAUCUCCCGUCGAGCGCCGGUGAAGGUUCUAUCGCUAAUCUGGACAAGAUGAGAUAUGCGAACGGCGAUAUUCCCACUGCCGAUUUGAGGUUACAAAUGCAGAAAACUAUGCAAAAACAUGCGGCUGUCUUCAGACGUGGUGAUAUUCUUUCGGAGGGUGUUAAGAAGAUGAAUGCACUUUACAAGGAUCUGAAGCACUUGAAGACGACGGAUCGCGGAAUGGUAUGGAACUCGGAUUUGGUGGAAACAUUGGAGUUGCAGAAUCUGAUGUUGAACGCGACGCAAACGAUUACCGCUGCUGAGAAUAGAAAAGAGUCGAGAGGUGCGCACGCUCGUGACGAUUUCCCGAACCGUAUUGAUGAAUACGACUAUUCGAAGCCUUUGGAAGGACAAGUUAAGAAGCCAUUCGAACAACAUUGGCGUAAGCAUACGAUCAUCUAUCAGGAACCUGAGACGGGAAAGAUUACACUCGAAUAUCGACCAGUAAUCGACACGACACUGGACAAAAACGAGACUGAUUGGGUGCCACCGAAAGUUCGCUCGUAUUAA